CGGACCAGGAUGUAAAGAUGGCUGCCUGAAGGCGACGUUGCCGGCACUGGCGUUUCAGGCCUCGCUUUGAGAUGGAUUUGAUCUAAUUCCUACGGUACAGUUAUCCAAUCAUAACAGCAGGCUGUUGUCCAGAGCGAGGCCUGGUACGCUGGAGGUGUCUCUUGCCUAUUUUGCUGUCUCUACCUGAACGUCAUGUCUCCCCUCGAUUUAUGUUCCGGGACCUCAAAACCGUGGAUGUUUCUGCUACUCCUUGGACUACUACAGCUUGGCUUAUCAAGAGGACUUUAUUUCCACAUUGGCGAGACGGAAAAGCGGUGUUUUAUUGAGGAAAUCCCAGAUGAGACCAUGGUGAUAGGUAAUUACAAAACCCAGUUAUGGGACAAGCAAUCUGAGACAUUUCUCCCCUCUACCCCUGGUCUUGGUAUGCACGUGGAGGUGAAAGACAGCGAUGCCAAGGUCAUCCUAUCCAGACAGUAUGGAUCUGAAGGGAGAUUUACCUUCACGUCACAUAUGCCGGGUGAGCACCAAAUUUGCCUUCACUCCAACUCAACACGAAUGUCUUUUUUUGCCGGAGGCAAGCUGAGAGUUCACUUAGACAUCCAGAUCGGGGAACACACCAAUAAUUACCCGGAGAUUGCAGCAAAAGACAAACUGACAGAGCUGCAGCUUCGGGUUCGACAGCUGCUGGAUCAAGUGGAGCAAAUUCAGAAGGAGCAGAACUACCAGAGGUACCGAGAGGAGCGGUUCCGACUGACCAGCGAAAGCACCAACCAGCGAGUCCUGUGGUGGUCCAUUGCCCAGACCCUCAUCCUUAUUCUGACAGGCAUCUGGCAAAUGAGACAUCUCAAGAGCUUCUUUGAAGCCAAGAAGCUGGUCUGAAACCUCUUACGUUGUACAUUUACUUGACAUGUCUCCAGACAUACGCCCACAACACACCAAUAAACAUACCCAUGCGGCACAUACCCACGUACACAAACUAGCUCACACAAAAUUCCAACUAAUAACAAGCCAGAAAUGUGUGUUUGUAACUGACUCGGCUCAGGUGAUGCCACUACAUUUUAUACUUGUAUAACCGUUUUUCUGAUGGGAGGGUACAGUCAGAAUGGUGGAGUGGCUAACCAUCUGUACUCAUACAGUAUGUUCUAAUCUGCCCACCUCCGACAUUUUGGCAGUAAUAUUACCAUGCUGAGAAAGUAUUCUCCCCAUUGCCUACCUCUAUGAGGUCUACAGCAGAGUGGCAUCCAUAGAGCAGUGUUUCAGUUACAAUUAGGGAUGCACCAAAUCCAGGAUUCGGUUCAGGAUUCAGCCUUUUUCAGCAGGAUUCGGCCAAAUCCUUCUGCCCGGCCGAACCAAAUUUGCAUAUGCAAAUUAGGGGCGUGGAGGGAAAUCGCGCAAUUUUUUGUCAAAAACAAGAAAGUAAAAAAAUUACCCUCUUCCCACCACUAAUUUUCAUGUGCAAAUUAGGAUUCGGUUCGGGAUUUGGCCUAAUCUUUCACAAAGGAGUCGGGGAUUCGGCCGAAUCCAAAAUUCAGUGCAUCCCUAGUUACAAUGUACACUGAUAUCCUCCAUAUAUCAUAAGUCAUGCCAGAAGAGUUGAACCCGUUGCCCAAUAAAGAAAGUUACUUGUUAA